AUGGCGAGCGCGACAGAGGAAGCGCCUGCAGCGGUUGCGGAGCCUUCAGAUCCCUGUCAAGGCGCGUUGGCCCCCGUCGCCCCUCCCGACAAUGUCCUCUGCCUCGCUCGCCACUCGACCGACCUCAACGUGGAUCUCGCACAUCUACCCACUAUCCUCUCGCCAGAGCUAGCGGCCAUCAUCACCUCCUUUGCGGUAUCGACGCGGGUCUCUUUACGCGUCGCUGUCUACUUUAUCGAAUCUCUACUCGACGUCUCGCAAUUCUCUACCCGGGUCUCACUGAGCUAUGCUCGGCGCUUCCUCAUCUCCGCUCUCUCCUUUGCGCGUCAUGCGCACACCUACCCCCUCAACACCCACAUCAUCCUACCCGCAAGCACGGAUGCCUUCCUCCUCACUCUAGACAAGUACACGUCGAUGGGCAUUCAUAUCGUCCAACACACCUUCUCCCUCGUCGAGCUCUUCGCCAUGUCCGGCUUUUACCUCACGGCGAGCGCGGUCCAGACGGCCCACCAUGCGGCUCAGGAAUCCGUCACGCUCCUAGAUGGGCUCUUUGGGUCAACGCAGUCCAGUCGCGCCCUUGCGGCGAUCAUCGAGAUGGUGCGCCGCGAGCUGGACAUGGAGGGGAGGGUCAAGGGCAAGAAAGGGAAAAGCAAGAAGAUGGGCUUGCUCGGCGGACUGGGGAUGUUGACCAAGGCUAUCACGGCGUUUGCGUGUCUGCAAAUCACGACAUGGGAGCGGACGAGAGGCAAGCAGAAGAUGAUUGAAUCGGACGGCUGUUUCCCUCAGCGACAUCUCCUCCAUAAUCUACACCGUUUCAUGAAGUACUCCAGCGCAGCAUACGGCCAACUGUUCCUCCGGGUCUUUGGGACUGAUACUUCGGAUUACGCAUUCCCCAGUACCGCGCAGCAUCACUCAGAUAGCUGGGCUUUCGCGCAAUAUACUGGGAUCCCGAUAGAGUGCCUACUGCUCUGCUCGUAUGUCGACACAUCACCCAUGUUUGACGGGCAUAAGGCACCACCAUUGGUACAUUUCGUAGCUGUCGACCAUGCCGCAGAGGCUAUCGUACUGACUUGUCGGGGAACCCUCGGCCUCUCAGAUAUCCUCGUGGACCUCACAUGCGCAUACCGUACGAUCAAUGUCAACCAAGCCGCCCGAGAUGGCGAGUACUACGUUCAUGAAGGAAUGUAUGAAGCCGCCCUCGGUCUCUGCGCGCAGGACAGCCGGGUACAUCGUACGGUCGCCUCGGCUCUGGCCCAGUACCCGACGUACGGUCUAGUCAUCUGCGGCCAUUCCCUAGGGGGCGGAGUCGCGGCGCUUCUCGCUCUCCUCACUGCCAUCCCUGCAACCUCAUACACCACCACAGCUCCGGCUCAUCCGAGCGGAGCGUUCGUCACCUCGCCUGCGUCCGGUCUGCCGCCUGGGCGACCGAUUCACUGCUACGCGUACGGCCCGCCCGCCGUCAUGUCUCCCGAUCUGGCGCGUUAUACCGAAGGCCUCGUCAGCUCCAUCGUACAGGAUUCGGAUCUUAUCCCGUGUUUGAGCCUGGGGACGCUGAGGGAUCUCAAGAAUAUCGCAGUGACCAUGUCGGAGGAACAGGGCCUCGCAGAAGAGGUGUUCAGCAGGGUAAGUCCACCUAGUGUAGUCGAGCUGACGGGUAGGUGUCUGGCAGACUGGCUCGUUGCGCUCGUCAGCACACUUCGGGCGGAUAUGCACAACGACAAGCUGUACCCGCCCGGUAUAGUCUACGUGAUGGUGAGAUGCCAAACUGACAGACAGGUUCUGAGGAGAUGUACCUCUGUCGAAGAGCGGUUCAGGGAACCCAUCUUUGCCCGGACAAUGCUUAAUGAUCACCUGCCCUCAAACUAUGAGCGGUCGACUCGCUUGCUCCUCAAGGGUAUGCUGCAGGAGGAAGAGGAGGCGUGCUGA